AUGAGUUUCAAGUUUUCUGCUGCAGCAGCAGCUGCUGCUCUCCCCGCUCCACCUCUGCCGCAGCUGCCUCAGCUACUGAACGGUAGGCCGCUUCAGUCGGUGCUCCAGCAGCAGCAGCAGCAGCAGCAACAACAACAACAGCAGCAGCAGCAGCCACAUCUACUGCACCAGCUACAGCAGAGCGCCACCGGGUUGCCGUUGCAACAGCUGCAGCAGCUGCAGCAGCUGCAGCAGCUGCAGCAGCAGCAGCUACUGCAGCAGCUGCAGCAGCAGCAACUAGACCAAGUACAGCGGCAGCAGCAGCAGCAGCAGCUCGAGCAAGUACAGCGGCAGCAGCAGCAACUCCCUCUGCAGCAGCUGCCGCCAAUAGCACUGCUGCCGCUGCAGCAGCUGCAGCAAGUGCAGCAGCAAAUACCUGGGUCUAUCUCCAGCCUUUCCGCUCCACUGCAGCAGCUGCAGCAGCUGCCGCAGCAACUGCAGCAUCUGCCGCAGCAACUGCAACAGCUGCCACAGCAGCUGCUAAGUCAAAGCGGGUCUCUGGUUCCUGUGGGUCUGCGGGGAGACAGCAGCAGCAGCAACAGAAACACCAGCAACGACAGCAGCAGCAGCAGCAGCAGCAGCAGCAGCAAUCCACUGUCUCUGCUGCUUCCUUUCGAGCUGUCUCGCGGCCCUCUGUCUCUUUUGUCUCCUUUUGCUCAGUUAACCCCAGCAGGCGAUGCACUUAGAUCAGAGAAGACUCCAGAAGCUGCUCACACUGACGGUGCUGCUGCUGCUGCUGCUGCUGCUGCAGGUGGCCGAGCAAACCUAGCAGCGCUACCAACAGCAGGACCGCCAGCAGCAGCAGCAGCAGCAGCGCGUCCAGCAGAGAUAGCGGAAGCAAUUAAAGCUAUUGCACCAUUUCUACCUGCAGCAGCAGCGCAGCAGUUUGCUGCAGCAAUCGCCCGGGGAAGCGCCCUUGAUCCUGAAGCAACUAAGCAACUGCUGCAGCAAGCAGCAGCAGCAGCAGCAGCAGCAGCAGCAGCAACACUCCCUGCUGCUGCCUUUCUUCCCGAUCAUGAGGCUGAACGUCUAACUAAAGCUAUUAUCUCUCUGUCUCCCCUGGCGCAGCAGCAGCAGCAGCAGCAGCAGACAGCUGUCUCUUCGCUGCAGCAGCACUUUCUAGCAGCAAACAGAGAUAUUGCUGCUGCUGCCUUUCGCUCGCCAAUGGAGCCCUUUGAAAACACCGUCUUCACCCACUAA